GACUCUGCUGCUUUCCUCUUGUGCUGCACAGGUUGUGUAUUCCUUCAGACAUUCUUUGCCAACAGUGAUAGCUUGCACCUCUUCAGCGGCUGUCCCCUUUCAGAGUAUCAUUGCAUCAUCUAUAGCAGCCACUGUGGAGCCAGAGGCAGUGACACCUACUGUUAUGGCCACAUUCGCAGCGAUCGCCGUGAUCAAUGGUUUGCUGCUACUGCUUUUGGGCUUUCUACCUCAUAUGGACAUUUUGAAGAGUGCCUUUCCUCAGCCAGUGAUGCUUGCGUUCUUCGGCAUUAUUGGCAUCGGCAUGAUACAAAGCGCCUUGGAGCUGGUCUCCGGUCAAAGAUGGUCCGUCAAAAGACUACUGGAUGGACUACCGGAAGAAGACGCAGGAUUCUUGGCUUCUAUCUCGUAGUUUCAUGCUUCACAAGCGUUGCUGCCGUGCGGACAGCUGGUUGGCUGUGGGAUCCUUUCCCAGCAUUGGAUCUUCGAAGUUUAUCUUUGGGCAAUGUGAGAUUGUCUGUGGUGCUGGGCCAGUGGGAUGCCAUCUCGUCCUUGCUGUCAGUCCUUGUUUUCGACGUGCUCACUAUCCUUCUUCCUAUUGAGCUGAUGACGCCUACAAAAUCGGUCAAAAUGGAAGAAGAGCUCCGAACCGCUGGAUACUCAUCGUUACUGUCAGGCCUUCUUUUUGGCAAUGUCUCUUACAUCUCAUUGUCACCCACCCGUUUCAAUGCCGAUGCUGGUGGCGUGGACCGUGGCAGUGGCCUCUUUGCUGCUGCGCUCUGCGUCCUUUGGAUCUUCCUGGGACCAGAGCUUACCGCCUAUGUGCCCAAGUUUGUCGUUGGAGGCAUGCUGUGCCAUUUGGCCUUUGGCUACGUGCUGGAUGUAUUUUGGGAGCCUCGAUCUUUGCUGUCGAUGGGUGAGUACCUCAUCAUUCUGGCCAUCAUUCUGUACUACCUCAUCACAGAUCUGGCACCCGCCAUUUUCCUGGGACUGGCUCUAUGCAGUUUCAGUUUCAUUUUGCGCUACUCUCAGAGCUCAAAUCUAGAAUUUGUGACUGUGGCAGGUCAAGCAGCAAUGUUUUCAAACCGCUUUCGGCCUCCUACGGAUCAUGCGUUUUUGAAAAGCACCAGAGGCAUUGUAGUGGUGCGGACCUUUUGUAGUCAGCUCUUCUUUGGCACCAUGGCAUCUAUCCUGGCAGAAGUCGAGCCCUUUCUGUCAAACGAUGCCCGGUUCCUUCUUGUGGAUUUGUCGAGUUUGCGCACUAUUGACUCCUCUGGUCUGGUGGGCUUUCAGAAAGUCCCUCCUCAUAUUCAAACUGUUCUGGUGUGUCUUUCACCGGAUCUCGAAGCGCAAGUUCGCCGCGCGGGAUUGGCAGUGAAUUUGUUUGGCAGCAUUGAUGAGGGCCUGGAGUGGUGUGAAGACCGCAUCCUCAAAUUCAGGCACUUGGGCGACUCUGACCUGUCGAGCCUUCUGUUGGUGCCAAGUAGCAACAAUCCGUCUUUGCCCUCGCGCGAUGUGCCAAGGCUUUCUCCCGCAGAAGUUUGCCAAGCAGUGAAGAUGGCCUUGGGCAGCAACCUGGAAGAGCUGGAGCCGUUGCUGUUUCAGCUGCCGGUGAAGAAACAUGAGGUGGUUUUCCACGAAGGGGCUUUAGCAGAAGGCCUUUAUGUUGUGGUGAGAGGUGCUCUACAAAUCCAAUAUGGCAACCAACGAGGCAUUGUACUUGGUCCAGGUGAGGUGGUUGCUGACGCGAACUUGCACCGUAGCUUUGGUCAGCCGGACCAAGACAGCUCUCCGGGCCGUGGCAAGGCUGUUACUGCCGGAGAGGUUCUGUGUGAGGCUGCACUCUAUGCACCUCACCUUCACAGCUGGUCCUUGGUAGCCAGCGCCCCGAGCAUGCUGCUAUUGCUGCGACGUGACAACCUCUUGCUUGCCGAACAGCGACAUCCGCAGGCUGCCAUCUCUCUGCAUCGCUGCUUGAUGAGGUCGCAGAUGCAGAAGUCUGGGGCUUGGCCCGUGCAAGAGAUUGGCCCAGCUCGCCGCACAGCGAGCAUGUGA